AGUGUUGUCAAAUAAAUCAAUAAUUUUUUACAAGGAUUUUUAGCGCUAGCAAAAUGUGGGAUACCUAAUUCAUUUUUAUGAUCUAAAUUGUAAAACUUAGUAUUGAUACUCAUUAAACAACGUUUGUUUACAAAUUUAAUUUAGGAAUUGUGAAGUUCAAGAAUGUCUUUGCCACGAAAAGAUUAUAUUUUUGAGCCUUUUAAGGUUACCGUAGUAGAGUAUCGAGAUCGAGAUAAUCGGUGUCCCAGACCCAGAAGUGGUCAUAGGAUCGCUUGUGAUGAUGCUAAUAUAUACUGCUUUGGAGGCUAUAACCCUUCAUUACCUUUACCGAGAUUUGAAAGAAACAAUGCAACAUGGACCCCGGCGCGACCACUCUUCAAAGAGCUAUGGAGUUUUUCUAUCGCUAGAAAGAAAUGGAAGCGGCACAAGGUCAUAGAAAAUAUGCCCGACGAACUAGCAUCAAAUGCUAUGUGCAUGUAUGGCAGAUAUCUUAUGAUAUUUGGCGGAACUGGUGCUCCCUUCGGCAAUAAAUGCAGCAAUGAUGUAUUUCUGUGGCGUGCAUACUCUGGUGAAAAAAAACUUCAGAUUAUGGAAGUAUCAGGGACUAAACCUCCUGGAUUAUAUGGACAGUCUGUGUUCUGUCAUGAUGGGUAUUUCUAUACCAUUGGAGGGACUAAUGGCUUUGCCUAUAACUGUGAUAUUUUUAGACUUGAUCUUCGGUCACAGACAUGGGAGCAAGUCUACGUAGGCACUGGUCAGGAAGGAGAGCCUCCCGGACGUUACAGGCAUGAAGUAGCUACGGUUGACAAUAAAUUUUAUAUUAUCGGUGGAGGCACAGGAGAGUGGGCGUUUGAGCUCAUGGAGAUGCCUAUGUAUGACCUUAAAUCUAAGACAUGGAAGUUACUAUUCCCAAGGCCAGAUUACAGAACGGAUUUUCCACUGGCUCCUUCGCCAAGAAAAUGCCACAGUGCAGUCCAAUUCGAUACACCAGAUGGGGUGCAGGUGAUUGUGGCAGGUGGUUCAGAUGGUCAGUUAGUAUUUGAUGAUGUUUGGAUGUUAGAUGUCAAUAAACUGCAAUGGCAUUUAAUGCAGAAGACUAUUUUGCCUCGUCCAUUAUAUUUUCAUGGAUCAUCCGUCACUUCAUACGGUUGUAUGUAUAUGUUUGGAGGUAUAGAGCCGAACGACGAUAUAGUGGAUAGGAAUAAUACUAUGUAUAAAGUGUGGGUAUGCAUACCAAAGCUAAGCGAGAUAUGCUGGGAAGCUAUGCUUAGCUUGCAUCCAAAUUUACAUGAACUAGAUAGACCAACAUUGUUGAAUCUAGGAAUCCCACUUCAUUUAGUAGACAGGCUUCAUUCAGAUCCAAGCUAGAUUAUAACAUAAUAUUAAUAUGAAUAUAAAGGUAUGAAUGAUUUUUAUACCUUUCAGUACAGUCAUCUUAUAAACAUUUUAUAUGAAUAAGAGUAUUUCUAUUGGACAAUGAUGGAUAUAUUGUAACUGUAUUUGAUAUAAAACAUUUAAUGGAUAUGAAAUGCUUACUAGUAGCCAAAAGUUAUGGACAAAUUCUUGAAUUGCUAUUUGUUUUGUGUAGUCAUGAUUGGCCUCUUUUCCUGAAAAACAAAAAAAACACCUGUAAAAACACAAUCGUGGUCGCAACAUCGUCGUAGUCGCUACAUAGCCUCCACCAUUGCUAGCAAAAACAAUGUAUUGAUUUUCUUUUGCAUGCUUUUGCGAAUGUUAAAAUAGGAAGAUUUUGUGCAGAAACUGUCCUCACGUCAUUUGUAAUUUAUUGUCUACAAAAAUUUCAAAUUAAUUAAGUUGUUUUCUGUUUACGGACUUUUAAUGGGACUGUGUAUAUAAUACAUCUAAAUAUAUAACUCAAAGGUGACUGACUGACUGAUCGACUGACAUAGUGAUCUAUCAACACACAGCCCAAACCACUGGACGGAUCAGGCUGAAAUUUGGCAAGGCAUAAUUUCUUUUGACGUAAGCAUCUGCUAAGAAAGGAUUUUACGAAACUCCAGCCCUAAGGGGGUAAAACGGGAUCCACGCGUACGAAGUCGCGGGCGGCCGUUAGAUUUUAAAUUUGAUUAUAUUGUAAUGCUAUGAGGGAAUGGAAUGAGGGCUUCCAUAAUUGCGUUGGCGCCACUUAGUGAUAGGACCUUAGUCGCCAGUGGAGCCAAAUUCUGAACAAAAUUAAGGAAACUCUCAUUGGAUUUAUUUAUAUUAUAUCUUUUAGAAUA